AAAUGCCUGAGGCUGGAGCUCACUGGAGGCUGACGCCCCGGAACAGUGAAAGCUAGUGCAAUGCAGGAAGGGAGGCUGCUCAGGUUUAUGUCCAAUGGGUGCAAUGAAACAGCGGGCAAAGGCGCUUGGCAAUGUGGAUGGAGGCAGUUUGGGCUCACUAGCAUCUGACACAAUCACGGGACUAUUCCCAUAAUCGGCACUCUGCAGCUAGCGCACCAUCUACUCUCUUCUUCAACCCAAGUUCGAUUCUGAGCUUACACACUAGAACGUGUUCACUACACAAUCAAUGCACUGCACGAGGUGGUUGCGCUUCACAGGCCCUUUUGCGGCAAUCAAGACCAGCGUAAGCACAACUAGAGGCGGUGCCACGAGCAAACCACAAUCUGGGCCACCAAAUCCUGCAUUGCUCCUCAAGGCAGAGGCCCAUUCCAGCAGAGCGAUGCCUCCAGUGCGCCGCAGCUCCCGCUUGGCGAAGAAUCAAGAGGAGGCCAGCCUUGCUGAUGAAUCAGUGCUCAAGGAGCUGGCUCCUAACCCCCCAAUCCCCACCAAAACAGGGCCGACAAGAGACGCCGAAGCACUGCAGUGGGCAGCGGGUUUCAAGCGGGUGGCCGGAGUUGAUGAAGCGGGGAGGGGGCCGCUGGCAGGCCCGGUAGUGGCGGCCGCCUGCAUUCUACCCCCCAAUUUCGAGAUUCCAGGGGUAGAUGACAGCAAGAAAGUGUCUGAAGCAAACCGUGAUCGGUUGUACGAUAUCAUCACCAAUGCGCCGGGGGUGGAGUUUGCAGUCUCAGUGGUGGAUGUGGAGACGAUCGAUCAGAUUAACAUCUUGGAGGCGGCUAUGCUUGCGAUGGCAAACGCUGUAAAAUUAGUGCGCGCAGACUUUGCCCUUGUUGAUGGGAACCGGAUACCGAAGCAACUGGCUGCUAGCGUUUCAAAGGCAAUAGUUGGGGGAGACGCGCUCUCCACCUCAAUAGCUGCAGCUUCAAUCAUUGCGAAAGUGACAAGAGACAGGCUGAUGUGUGAAUUCCAUGAGCAGUGGCCAGAGUAUGGGUUCAAGGCUCACAAAGGAUAUGGAACAGCAGCUCAUAUGGAGGUGUUGAAACGCUUGGGGCCUGUCGUAAUACACAGAAGAACGUUCCAGCCUCUGAAGGGCUGGUUAGAGCAACGAAAGUUACAGUCGUUGGAGACGCACUUCAAGCUCAUCUGA